AUAGUUGUCAGAGGUGUUGAACUUAUGUUAGAAGCAUCAAAAGUGGUGUGCGAGCUUCCGUACGGGAUUUAGCAUGAAAUCAGAGAGUAGUAAAGUUUGGGGUGAUAGGAAGGAGAGAAAAUUGAAUUUGUCGGUUUCAGAAAAGCUGAUUUAUGCCGAGAAGCCUGUUUGAGGUUGUUUUUACGAGGCAGUUAGCUCGAGACAAACGCGAGCAAACUCAUCAUAGGGCUGUUCCGUCAAGUCAGGUAUUUGCCGCAGAAUACACUUUGAUAUGUAAAAUAUUUGACUAUCAAAAGCCUUAUAUUUGUUUUAUGGAUGGGGUGACCAUGGGCUUUGGCAUUGGUCUUUCAGGCCACGGUCGUUAUCGUAUCAUUACUGAGCGAACUCUUUUAGCAAUGCCAGAAAAUGGAAUUGGCUUGUUCCCUGAUGUUGGCUUUGCUUAUAUAGCUGCACAAAGCCCUGGAGGUGGCGCUGUUGGUAGUUACCUUGCAAUGACUGGUAAAAGAAUUUCAUCUCCUGCCGAUGCAUUGUAUGCUGGCCUUGGAACUCAUUACGUACCAUCUGGAAGCUUGGCAUCUCUUAGAGUGGCUUUUCACUCAUACAACUUCUCUGGGGACACCCACGCAGAUGUGCAAACAAUUUUAGCACAAUACAAUAAGGAGCCCAAUUCUGAUGCUCCUCUGAGGAUUGCUUUUACCCCAUAUUCUGAUGCUCCUCUGAGAUUGCUUUUACCCCAUAUAUCAUCAUCAUUUGGCAAAGAGAAAACGGUUUCUGAAACAAUUGAAGAACUAAAGAAGCUUGAACUAAAUACUAAUGGACAAGUCUCUGAGUGGGCUCAUGAUGCUCUUCAAGGUCUCGGGAAAGGUGCACCUUUUUCUCUGUAUUUGACCCAGAAGCAUUUCUCUGAAGUUGCAUCCGCACAUGGAAAUGCUGAACAUCAUUUAUCAAAACUUCAUGGUGUAAUGAAGGUUGAAUAUCGAAUAGCAUUGAGAUCUUCACUUCGUAAUGAUUUUACUGAAGGUGUAAGAGCUGUAUUGGUGGACAAAGAUCAGGUCAGAUAAUCAGUCCAAACCCCCAACCAAUAUC